CAGGGGUUGUAUAGUAGCUUUAAUAUGUGCACACAUCACAGACCGCGGUUCGCUGAGCUGGCGCCUCCUGUCGACAGUUAUGGGCCACUGCGGCCGUACUGAGCUGCAGAGAGUGAGGGAGCUACUACACACAGAGAGAGGGGCACUCUCAGAUUUCUCGCCGUGUCCGCUGUGCCGCUUCCACAUCACUGCCGACAGUAGCUCGGAACGACGACGACGACAGACGCCUAGUGUGCUUCAUUGCCAUAUGUAACCCCGCUGACCGCACUCUUAAACCAACCGUGGUUCACACAAGGUGACCCUGAGAUGUCAGGAGUUCUUCAGUGUGUCCUUCCACAUCUAUCCUCUCAGGUGGUUAAGAAUAUGUCAUAUGUCAUUUUUCUCCAGAAUAUUGUCCAGAGUUUUCCUGGGUGAAUGGUGUGACUGAGAUGCCCUUUGUGACCUCCCUUUUCUCAUGAGAUCAUUCUCCAAUCAAAAGAGUGCAGCAAAAAUUUAGUCUGUACAUGGAUGGCAGGUUUACAUGAUGGACAGGUGAUGGAGUCUUCCAUCAUCUUUCUGCACCACUGACUGGGCCUGUCAGACUUCUCUCUGAGGAAUAAGUGUGUACCAACGGUCCGAGACCCAGAAUUUCUCUGCCAUGGUGACAUAAGCAGAGCUGCAAUAUGAGGGAGAGCCAAUAUGAGACCGUCGCUUUUCUUUCUCCUGGAGCUGCUGCAGCUGCUACUUUAGUGUCGUUUGAAAAGUCUUUACCAAGAUUGACUUUGUGAAUUACUUCUGACAGCAGUAUCAUACCACAUCGAGAGAGACUGCCCCGGGGCGUGUUGCAGGGCUGGUGGGGAGGAGCGGUGUGGUGUGAGACGAUGCUGGGAUGCGUAACACGCCUCCGUCGGCUGGUCCGUUUCCUCCCCCUACAGACCUCCCUCCUCAUUCUCUUCCUCUUUUGCACCAUCAGCGUGUUCAUCUCGGCCUACUUCCUUUAUGGCGCCAAGCGCGAGCUGGAACCAUCAGGAGGGGGCGUGUCAGGAGCUGAGGGUGCCUCAGCCGACUCGGAUGAUUCGAGAGUUAUGCCAUCACGGCUGCUACCCCUGCGGGGUGUCUCAGGGGGGCCUGGGGUCGAUAGCAGUGGCAUUAGGACAGAUCCCGUGGUACUUGUGUUUGUGGAAAGCCAGUAUUCCCAACUGGGUCAAGAGAUUGUGGCCAUUUUGGAGUCUGGUCGGUUUAGGUACCGGACUGAAAUCUCUCCCGGUAAAGGUGACAUGCCCACAUUGACUGACAAAGAGCGAGGGCGUUUCACACUUGUGAUUUAUGAGAACAUUCUUAAGUACGUGAAUUUGGAUGCCUGGAACCGAGAGCUGCUCGACAAAUACUGUGUGGAAUAUGGAGUUGGCAUCAUCGGCUUUUUCAAGGCCAAUGAAAACAGUCUGCUGAGUGCACAGCUGAAAGGCUUCCCCCUCUUCCUCCAUUCUAACUUGGGCCUGAAGGACUGCAUGGUCAACCCUAAGUCCCCUCUGCUUUUCAUCACACGAUCUGGUCAACCACUGCCCGGCCCCCUGCCCGGGGAAGACUGGACCGUGUUCCAGUCCAACCAUUCUACAUAUGAGCCUGUGUUGCUGGCCAAGACCCAAUCAGCUGAGAAUGUUGCGUCGAUGGGACAGAACGCUGCCCUUCUCCCGUCCGUGGUGCAGGACUUGGGCCUCCAUGAUGGCAUCCAGAGGGUUCUGUUUGGUAACAACCUGGUGUUUUGGCUGCACAAACUGGUGUUUGUGGAUGCUGUGGCCUUCCUGACUGGAAAGAGGCUUUCCCUGUCCUUGGAGCGCUACAUGUUGGUGGAUAUCGACGACAUCUUUGUGGGUAAAGAGGGCACGCGCAUGAAGGUGCCUGAUGUAAAGGCCCUGCUGGAGACACAGAGGGAGCUGCGCACACAUGUGCCCAACUUCACCUUCAAUCUGGGCUUCUCAGGGAAAUUCUUUCACGCUGGAUCUGAUGAGGAGGACCUCGGAGACGACCUGCUGCUCUCCUACGUGAAGGAGUUUUGGUGGUUUCCUCACAUGUGGAGCCACAUGCAGCCGCAUCUAUUCCACAACCAGUCCGUGCUGGCCGAGCAGAUGUUGCUCAACAAAAAGUUUGCCAUGGAGCACGGAAUCCCCACCAACAUGGGCUACGCAGUGGCUCCUCAUCACUCGGGGGUCUACCCUGUCCACAUGCAGUUGUACGACGCCUGGAAAAAAGUCUGGGGCAUCAAAGUGACCAGCACGGAGGAGUACCCUCACCUGAAGCCUGCACGCUUCCGACGUGGCUUCAUCCACAGUGGCAUUAGUGUGCUGCCCAGACAGACAUGUGGCCUUUUCACACACACCAUCUUCUAUAAGGACUACCCCGGCAGUCCCAACGAACUGGACAAGCUCAUCAAUGGAGGAGAACUUUUCCUCACUGUUCUGUUGAACCCUAUUAGUAUUUUCAUGACCCACCUCUCCAACUAUGGCAACGAUCGCCUCGGCCUGUACACCUUCAAAAGCCUGGUGAAGUUCGUCCAGACGUGGACCAAUUUAAAGAUGCAGACUCUGCCUCCUGUUCAGCUGGCUCAGAAGUACUUCAGCCUGUUCCCAUCAGAGAGAGACCCCCUCUGGCAGGAUCCAUGUGAGGACAAAAGACACAAGGACAUCUGGUCUAAAGAGAAAACAUGUGAUCGCUUCCCCAAGCUGCUCGUCAUCGGGCCUCAAAAGACAGGGACGACGGCUCUCUACCUGUUCCUCGGCAUGCACCCGGAUCUGACCAGUAACUACCCCAGCAAGGAGACCUUUGAGGAGAUCCAGUUCUUCAAUGGACACAACUACCACAGAGGCAUUGACUGGUAUAUGGAGUACUUCCCUCUGCCCUCCAACACCAGCUCAGAUUACUACUUUGAGAAGAGUGCCAACUACUUUGACUCUGAUGUGGCGGCUCAGCGAGCGGCAGCUCUUCUGCCCAAAGCCAAGAUCAUCACCAUCCUCAUCAACCCAGCAGACAGAGCCUACUCCUGGUACCAGCACCAAAGAGCCCACGAUGAUCCGGUGGCUCUGAAAUACUCCUUUCAUGACGUCAUCACUGCAGGCCCCGACGCUCCCGUCAAAUUAAGGGUUCUCCAAAACCGCUGUCUGGUACCAGGAUGGUACGCCAUUCACCUGGAGCGCUGGCUCAACUACUACCACUCAAGCCAGUUGUUGGUCCUGGAUGGACAGAUGCUGAAGACUGAGCCUGCAUCAGUCAUGGACAAAAUCCAGAAGUUUUUAACGCUUGCCAAUGUCAUCAACUACCACAAGAUUCUAGCAUUUGAUCCUAAGAAAGGUUUCUGGUGUCAGCUGUUGGAGGGAGGAAAAACAAAGUGUUUGGGAAAAAGUAAAGGUCGAAGGUACCCUGACAUGGACGCAGAGUCCCAGGGGUUCCUCAGGGAAUACUACAGGGAUCACAACAUUGAGCUGUCGAAGCUGCUCUACAGGAUGGGUCAGCCGCUGCCCAGCUGGCUCAGAGAAGACCUGGUCCACACCAGGUAGCAGCAGAACUUACACACCGUUACACAAUGAACCACAGCUUCUCCCCGAGAGGAGGAAAACCUUUCAGGCCGGGCAUCGUACCACAGUGAAGAUUCCUAACAGUCCUCAUAAACCUACGUUUUGAGGACGAAGUGACUAGUCAGAACUUCACACUUUACUACGAUCUUCCAAGAAGGGCAGGAUGAACAGUGAAUAGAGAGAUGAAGAGAAGAGCUGAGCGGCUCCCACCACCUGAAACUCUCUGCUGUGAGCUUCCAGAUGCCGUUGGCUGUAACCGUGGCCUCCACCGUGUCCUCAAGGCUCAGUGGUUCAAAGGAGGGAACUUCAGUAUUUGAUGAUCACUUUCCCUGUUCUUCAUAACCUACUUUCUUUUUCUUUGCAUGAACUUCUUCCUGAAUAUCAAAGAAAGGAAAAAAGAAAAAGCUCUGGAUAAAAGCGGACAAGGGAUGUGUGUUUUUCCACCUUUGACUUGGAGCUGGUUAGAGUAAGAGUGGAUUCACAAGAGAGACGUUGGUAGCAAAUGCCUUUGAAUUAUAUUUUUAAAGAAAGAAGAACGUGAGAUGGAGCGUCUCGACUCGGGCUGCGUGCUGCAGCCUUUUCUUUGAUAGGCCUUGGUAGAAUCUAGUAAUCCCAUUUACAAGUGCCAGGACAGAGUCUUUAAUAAACUAUUACCACAUGGACUUUUAAGAGUUUUUUUAUAGAGGUUUUAUGUUUGUUUUUCUUUUCCUCUGGUUUCAUUUCUGCAAUGCUGACAGCGAUGCAUUAUCGAAGAAUGUACCAAAACUUUACUUCUCUGUUUGGUUCUCUCCAAUAGGCCAGAUGUACAGUCCAGUCAGUUCAACUGUUCGGUUCGAACUCCUCUCUGUUCCGUUCCAUGACCGGUGAACUGAGCAGAGCAGGAACGAGAUGGAUAGAUAUCGAAAGCACAAUAUUUAAGGCACUCUUUACAACAGCGAUACUGACUACACAGGUUACUGGAAAGCACACGAACGGAAUAAAAAAAAGAAAGAAAAAAAAAUCACAGCUCCUGUCAUAAUCUGUGAAGAUCAUAAGCUAGCUACUGUAUGUUAAAUAGAUCACUCUGGUUCAGGAGAUUCGAUUAGUGUACAGAACACGUUUCUGCAUUUCAGGAUCUGUUUUCAGUGUCGGCUGUGUGAGGAAAAACUGUAUAUUUUGUUUUAUACAUUUUUUUUGGUUUUGUUUUAUUUCAUUUUAAUAGCUUUUUUUUUUUUUUGAGAGGGGGGAUUAGGAAGGGCACUGUGUAUGACCGUGCUCAUACGUCAAGGUGUUACCACUGCAAAUAGAUGUCAAGCGUAGAUAAGGAAAAGCUGCUCUUACUGCAAUAGUUUUGUACAAUGUUCGGAUGUGAUAACAUUGCACACGUGGGUCCUUUAUUUCCUGACUUUGUAAUGUAAAUAAUCCCCUCAGUACACCCUCAGUAGACCUAAAUUAUUAAAUGUGUUUGGGUUUACACUCUCCCUACAUCAGCCCAUUCCUAUAGUGUGAGUAAGUGCUGUACUGAGGGGAGUCUGGGUAAUUUCAUCGUGUGGAGAUGUGUCGCUAAGAUUGUUUUCCUCUCACUGCCAACUAUUGUACAGAGGUACAGAGUGUCUCCAUAUAAAGUAUUACGUGAUAACACUUAACAGCAAUGAUGGUAAUAAUAAUCUCCUGGACUGUAUGAUAAAGAUUUGUAAUUGUUGUCAAUAAUUUUUACAGUGUAACUAAUAUUGUCGGUGCUUUUUAAUUUGCAAAUAAAAUACCACUGUAUUUUUCAG